AUCGCUUCGAUAAGCGGGAAACGCUCUGCCAAAAGCGGUAGCGGCAACGUCAGCGCUCAAUCAGUCGACGAGCGAGCUGGGGAGCGGUGCCGAGAGCGGUUUGAUUAGCGACGUGGUGAAGUUUCAUUAUAUUUUUUUGGCCAAAACAAAGGGGGUACUGCGAAAAACCAUCGAGUUUUGUCAGAAUGCCAAGCCAACAGAUUUGCUGGUGAGACAAGAAGACAUGGCCCAGCUUAAAAAUGAGGGCCAAGGUAGGUGGUGGUCAUCAAAAGAUCCAUGGAUAUUUUACUAACCAAUAAUCCCCACUUUUUUACAGGUCAACAGGCCGUUGUUGUUGGCCCAAUGCUCGCCUCGGUCAUGUUGCUCAUCGGUUUAGUUUGCGCCUUGCUGGGUAUCAAGAUCUUUGGCUUCCGGCGGCGUUUGACUUUCGAUCGAUCACAAGUGCAACAGCAACCACAGCAAUAUCAACAGCCAGCGCCACGUUACGCAGCUUUCGAGUCACAGGUAAACGGCACCGAUACCGCUGUGCAUGGAGUGUUCCGACGUCGCAAUCUCGAGGAAUUCGAAAGCCCAUGGCCACCGGCAUCAACAGCGACAGGAAUCAACUACAUAACUGGCAGUGUUCCAAAUCUGCAAUUAUAUGGCGCCAGUCCAAGGGAGACAAGAACAGCGGAAGGAACAAAAGUGUCCUACCGGGAGAGAUCACAGGCACAAAGAGAUCAUCGCCUUGAGGUGCACAGUGAACGAUAUGAACUCUUCAGCGCUCCACCUACCCGAAAGCCACCUGCUCCUCCUAUACAAUCAAAAAUGUUUUCCGAAACCAUUUCGGUAGCUUCACAAUCAAAGAUUCCAGAAUCCCUGCCUGCUUCGUUACCAAAAACCACAACUGAAGCUUUAACAACACGAAAAACCACUCCUCCAGCUACAUCAUCCGACCAAUCUCUGCCUCCAUCCUCCCUCGAUCCAGUCUCAGAGCUUCCUAGCGAACUUGGAAUGCCCAACUUCGAUCACUUCGCCGAAAAAUAUGAUCUGUUUAGUGUAAAAACAACGACAGAGGUCACGAGACCAACCCAGCUGAAGAGCAAGAACAGUGGGCGUUAUGUCAAGUUUGAAAGAGUGGAUGAUGUACCGGAAAUACUCACUCCCGAAGAUCCCGUUCCAGAGCCAUUGACACCUGAUGACGGUCUGGGAGGAGCUAUGUCAGUAACAGCUGUGGUCCACAGGGGAGCAAUACCCAAGGAAGAGCCAGAACUGAAAUUGGAACCUCAGAGACCAAUUGAUCCCUUUGAGGAUCCUACCAGUGCAGACUCAGCUUUUGUGGUGGAAAUAAUAGCGGGUAGUCCGGAAAUAGAAACGACUCCUAAUAUAAAGCCCAACUCCCAAAGUGCUCUAUUCGAUGACCUUGAGUUACCGCAAGGUGAGCACGAUAGUGAUUUUGUACGGAUACGUUCUUCAUUCGUAAUGAACGAGGCGGACAUCCUGGAUUUGGAUCAGCUGCAGCUGCCGGCAGCCAGUAGUCCUCCAGGAUUUGGAAAGGAUAUCGACGAGGAUUGGGAAAACUUUGCAAACCUUGACGCCGUUGAGGCAGUACCAGAACCUAACUGGGCUCAGCAUCCAAAUGGCUUAGAGCAAUUGCCCACAGUGGAGACCACGCUAAGUGAGGCUACCCUCAGAUUAAACAAUGUGGAACAGGUGGAGGGUCUGUUCCACCAACUAGAGUUAAUCGAACCCAGACUUGAUAUCUUCGAACCAGAACCGCCAGUGCCCAUAGUAGAUCCACCGCCCUACGACCCUGGGAUGCCCUAUCUACCCGAUUACGAAUCCCUGAUGCAGUUGGAUAACGCAAAGAACGGUCAGAACUUGCCCAAAUAUACAGAGGUAAUGGAACAAAGGUCAAAAAAAGCCAAUUAUGUAAGUAGUAUAGAGGAUCUAUACGCUGAUCUGGAAGUUAAUGACAUGGAGACAACCGGACAUCAGAAUAAUCAAAGCACUGGCAUUAAUAAUUUUGAAGAUUUAUGCCAAGAGAUGGCUGUGCCAUCAAUGCGUCCAGUUCCUCAACCUGCACCCAGAGCCACAAAAUCAGGUACUCUUAAUGUUCGAGGGAAUGCACCUCCCCUGGCGUGCUAUCAACCAGAAGAGCUACCCAACUCCAGUUCCAGUGACAGCGAUGGGGAGAAUGGAGCCCGAUCUGUACCAGAACCUGCCAAGCGUGAUCUUAAAUCACUAAAAGUCCGCUUUGAUGUGGAUAACCUUCGGUACUACCAGUCAGCCGAAGUCGUUACAUCGAGUGAAGAGUCUGAAGAGGAUGAGCCAAUGCCUCAACCAACCCCCAUGCAACGCUCUAUAAUUUUCGAACCAAGAGAUAAUGGAGUAGUACCCAGCCUUUUCGGGUCCCAGGUCUCUCAGGAAGACAGCGAUGACGAUGAUGGCUUCGGACGUGCUAUCAGCCAACACCGCUCCAUGACGGCGGCACUGAGGGUAAACACUCUUCGGAACGAUACAGAAGCCUAAUUCGAAGAUGGCCAGCUGCCGCACUUCCUGACUUCCUUAGCAAAUACAGUAUUCUAUAUGUUAAUGUUAGCCAAAUGGCUAUGACCUAUUUAUGUACAUAUAUCUAUCGCUGUUAAGUUGCCAUAUAAUGUUGACUAUAUAUAAUAAUAAAAUUAUAGCAGGAAAGCCAUUGAAGAUAAGAUCAAAAUUUGAAAAACAUUCCAAGGAACUCUUAAAGGGGAAAUUAAUCAACAUGAAAAUUGUUGAAGUACAUUUUUUGCAAUUAUUGAUAGUAGAGCGAGUGCGUUUUUCAUUCUUCAAUGUCUAGAUAAAGUUUUUGAUAGAUAUAAGUCAGUAACUGAAGGUAAACAUAAGCCACAUGAUAACAAUUGGACGUAACUAUGUCUGACAAUGAGUUGAUAUUGAUAAGAAAUGAACUAAUUUCAUAAAAAUCUAUUACGAAUUAUCUAUUUUCUAAUUAAACAAAA